AUGCCUUCGUUUCGAGUAUCUGCGUCGUUCAUUCUAGCGCUGAUGCAGUUGGUCUCCUCAGCAGCUCAAGACAUGAAUUCUACGAAGCCUACCAUCACUGAAGCAGAUGCGAACAUGCUGCAGGUAGCAUUGAGCAACGGGCGCACAUACGCUUCCGAUGUCAACGUCUUCAUAUGUGCCUUGGAAGUGGAGAGCGUGGAGACUCAGAAAACGAUGGAAGAGAACGCCAACGACCCUCAUAACUACGAUUUCAACUCUCAAUCUGGUACCGACUACAGCUUCUGUGUGUACGGUUGCCCUGUUAGCGGAAAGGAAGACGUGGGUUAUUGCCCCGACAAGGCCGGUUGCUCUGAUGCGGGGCGCUAUCACGUCGUUGUCUAUUCUCAGCCGAAAAACGACAUCCUUAAAGUAACGGCAAUUUCGCGCCACACUGAAAGUGAUGACUAG